AUGGCGGACGAAGAGAAGACUCUCGAUGUCGGCUCCGCCUCUGCCUCAGCUGAGAGCUCCUCCAUCUCAGCUCCCCCCGCGCCCCAGCCUCCUCCCAUCAUCGACCCUAUCCCAGAUGGCGGCGUGAGGGCCUGGCUCCAAGUCCUCGGAUCCUUCUUCCUGUUCCUGAAUUCUUGGGGCAUCGUAAACACCUUCGGCGUCUACCAAACCUACUACGCGACCGCGCUCCCCGAGUCGCCGUCAGACAUCUCCUGGAUCGGGUCCAUCCAAGCCUAUCUCCUCCUCCUCGUCGGUGUCGCUACGGGUCCGCUCUUCGACGCUGGGUAUUUCCGGCACCUGCUGUUUGCGGGCUCGUUCCUCGUCGUGUUUGGUAUGAUGAUGACCAGUAUCUGUACUCGGUAUUGGGAGGUCAUGCUCGCGCAGGCUGUGUGUGUGGGUGUUGGCUGUGGCUGUUUGUUCGUGCCGAGUGUGGCGAUUAUCGCGACGUAUUUUUCGAGGAAGAAGGCGUUUGCGACGGGGUUGGCGGCGUCGGGGAGUAGUUUGGGCGGAGUAAUCUACCCCAUUGUCUUCCACCGUUUACAACCCACCAUCGGUUUCGGCUGGGCGACCCGAAUCCUCGGCUUCAUAAUGCUCGCCACACUCUCCAUAUCCCUCCUCGGGAUGCGCACCCGCCUUCCCCCCGGUCCGGCGCGGAAACUCCUCGACAUCGGCGCGCUCCACGAACCUCCCUUCGUGCUCUUCACCAGCGGCAUGUUCUUCGGGUUCAUGGGUCUCUACAUCCCAUUCUUCUACGUCCAGAGUUUCGCUAUCGAGACGAACGUUAUGAGGCCUGAUCUCGCGUUUUAUAUGCUCGCUGUCAUGAACGGAGCGAGUGUGUUCGGUCGAAUCAUCCCGAAUUUUGUCGCGGAUCGGGUGGGCCCGUUGAAUAUCCUCUUGCCGGGGACGCUGGCCGCGUGCGUAUUGGCGUUUGGUUGGUUGGGUAUUGAGAGUUCUGCUGGUUUGAUUGUGUUUUGUGUGCUGUAUGGUUUCUUUUCCGGUUGUUUCGUGUCUAUCCCGCCUACUGUCGUCGUUACGCUGAGUCCGAACCCGUCGGUCAUCGGGACUCGUAUCGGUAUGUGUUUUGCGAUUUGCGGGUUGGGUAUCUUGAUCGGGACGCCCGUGGCGGGGACGCUGGUUCGGAAGUAUGGCUUUGAUGCUGCCAUUGGCUUUACGGGUGCAGCGGUCGCUAUUGGCACGCUGAUCUUGUUCGCGGCGCGGACGUCGAAGGUCGGGUUCAGGGUGAAGGUUAUCACGUGA